AACACUUGCUACGCUACGCGGGACUUUGGAAACUUGGAAUCAUCUCCCCUUUUAUCUCGCUCUCGGCACCACGUUCGGACAAUUCCCAUUCCCACACGAGCGCAGCACAUAUAUACAUUUAACUACAUACAUACACACUCCACCAAGUUUCAUCUACACUCUCUCUCUAUCUAUUUAUCUCCCCGUUUACUUUUUCUUCUUGAUUCUGACGUUCAGGGGUUGCGAUCUUGUUUGUUUUCACCCAAUCCCACGCCCUUAUUUGUGUCAAGACUAGAGAGUCAUCUUGUCCGGUGGAGAAGUCAAUCUUUGUUGGUCAAAGUUUGAUGAGUGUUAAAAAGAUGGGAUUUAUUGAUUUUUUCAAUGGUUUUUAUUACAACAAGCAGAGGAAAUUUCGUGGAGCUUUCAAUGCUGUGUGUGCUUCUGGGCUACUUAUCUUGUUGUUUUAUCAGAAAGGCUUUUCUACUAGUAGAAAUUUGGGUGAUGAUGGAACUGUGAUCCGAAGAAAUUUAAAUCAAGGUGGACUUGACUUGUUUAGUGCUGAAGAGCCUGAUGCUUGUACUGGAUUGUAUCAGCAUACAGGCUACGAAAGCCAGUGUGACUACUUGAAUGCCUUUCCUCUUUGCACCUCAGGGGGGCUUUUCGAUUACAUUAGGUUCUUCUCUUGUGAUUGCCAGGAUGUUCAAAUUUUGGCCUACUUGGUGCUGGGAGUUUGGUUGGUUUCUCUGUUUUAUCUAUUGGGGAACACGGCUUCCGACUAUUUCUGUUGUUCUCUGGAGAAGCUCUCUGAUCUGUGGGACUUAUCGCCCACGGUUGCAGGAGUGACUCUUCUUCCGUUGGGUAAUGGAGCCCCUGAUGUGUUUGCUAGCAUUGCUGCUUUUGUGGGGAGCGAUGACGGAGGCGUUGGGCUUAAUAGCGUGUUGGGUGGUGCUGUGUUUGUCACUUGUGUUGUUGUCGGGACUAUUUCUCUUUUAGUAGCGAAUCAACGUGUUCAGAUUGACAAGGAAUGCUUUUUAAGGGAUGUGGCUUUCUUUCUGUUUGCUCUUCUUACCUUGCUUGUCAUUUUGGUUGUUGGAGAGUUGAGUAUUGUCGGGGCAAUUGCUUUCGUUGCCAUCUAUGUUGUUUAUGCGUUGUCUGUUGUUGCUUAUGAGAUUUGGAGAAGAGAUUCAGGAAGGGGAUCGGUACCUGUUGCAGGAGAUGGAGAUGAGGAAUCUUCUUUAUGCGCCACACUUCUGGACUCUGGAAAUGAGGUGCCACAUCUGGAAACUAAGGUACCUCACUGGAUGUGGAAUUCCAGUGUAGCAAUCUAUUCAAAUGAAUCCAUGGAUUCCAGUUUGCAAGAGACUCCGAAGCAUUUGUGGGGCUGGAACGACCAGGAGGCCGUUGAAAGCUCAUACCUGACCUAUUCUAAAAUAUGCUCGGUUCUGGAAUUACCAUUAACACUUCCCAGACGAUUGACUAUUCCUGUAAUUGAGGAUGAUCGGUGGUCAAAGGGGUAUGCUAUGGCCAGUGCUACACUUGCUCCUGUGCUUCUGGCAUUUCUCUGGAAUACCCAAGACAAUUUGAAGUUUUGGAAUGGUGAGAUAGCAUACGUAAUUGGGACAGUAGCUGGUUGUGUUCUCGGUGUCCUUGCAUUCACAUUCACCACACCAGAUCAGCCGCCUCAUAAAAACCUGUUACCGUGGAUUCUUGGUGGCUUCUUUAUGAGUAUAAUCUGGUUCUACAUUAUUGCAAAUGAACUAGUUGCUCUGCUGGUGUCUUUAGGUGUUAUAUUUGGAGUCAAUCCAUCUCUUCUUGGGCUAACUGUACUGGCAUGGGGCAACUCGAUGGGUGAUUUGAUGUCUAAUGUUGCCCUGGCAUUGAAUGGUGGUGAUGGCGUCCAAAUCGCCAUGUCAGGAUGCUUUGCUGGACCGAUGUUCAACACGCUUGCUGGUCUGGGGAUCUCUAUGCUGCUCGGAGCCUGGUCUGUCAGACCGGAGUCCUAUAUAGUCCCUCGAGACUCCAGCUUGUACUAUACUCUGGGAUUUCUGAUGCUAGGGCUUGUAUGGUCACUUGUUGUGCUACCAAAAAACGACAUGCGCCCUAGCAAGUUGUUAGGCAUCGGCCUUAUGACUAUCUAUGUAAUAUUUCUCUCUGUAAGGAUGACCAUGUCAAUCUGGGAUGGGACCCUGUAGGUUUAGGUUAGCACUAGAUUGGUUAUUGUACAAAAGAGUAGGGCAUGUGCAGAAUGAACAUUUCAUUUUCUUUGUUCUCUUUUUACCUCAGAAGCUUUUUUGUGCCUUCACUUAGGAUGCAUAUGGAUGUCAAAGCUUUAAUGUAUUUACAUUUUGAACAGCAAAAGAACUUUCAUAUUUGAUAUUAA